CGAGUCGAGUUCAGAUCCAUAACCAGCGUUUUGAGCGGGAACUCUCCGCGUUGCGACUUUUGACUUUGUUUUCCCGCGCGCACGGCAGCAUCCGAGACAAACGUUUCAACCAAUAAGAAUCAGCCACGUUUCCGGAUUCCAAACCUUCCAGCUCGUGUGGACACUCUUUGCGUGAUCAACGUCCCGAUGACGCCCAGCUCAUCGAUCCGUGGUCACGACAUAUCAACCAAUCACCAACUACCAUCUCUCUCUUAAAAGGCCAAUCCGACGCGAUUUGCCUUCCCACACCCAUUCGUCCAUCAGUUUGCGAUCGCCAUGGCGCCCAAGGCCGAAAAGAAGCCGGCGGAGAAGAAGCCCGCGGAGAAGGCGACGGAGGAGAAGGGGAAGAAGGCGGAGAAGGCUCCCGCGGAGAAGAAGCCCAAGGCCGAGAAGCGCCUUCCCUCUAAGGAUGGUGCCGUGGCCGCCGGCGACAAGAAGAAGAAGAAGAAGGCCAAGAAGGGGACCGAGACCUACAAGAUCUACAUCUUCAAGGUGCUGAAGCAGGUGCACCCGGACAUCGGCAUCUCCAGCAAGGCCAUGUCCAUCAUGAACUCCUUCAUCAACGACAUCUUCGAGAAGCUCGCCGCCGAGGCCUCCCGCCUCGCCCGCUACAACAAGAAGCCCACCAUCACCUCCCGCGAGGUGCAGACCUCCGUUCGCUUGGUCCUCCCUGGUGAGCUCGCCAAGCAUGCUGUGUCGGAGGGGACCAAGGCGGUUACUAAGUUCACCAGUUCCUGAGUGAUCUACGAUGGGUGCUUGUUUGUUGUGAUUUGGCUCACGUUGUAAUGCAAGGAGGGUUUCUGGUGUAAUUAUAUUGGAUCUUAACUGGAAAGGAGGCAUCCUUUAGAACU